UCUAUUUAAAGCAAGUUACCACGAAGAAACGAAAUGAGCAAUCUGCAGAGUUGUCUGUCGCUAUUGAAAAGUUGCUUUCCUGAUGAAAAGCUUCCAAAUUUAAGGUACGAAGAUCACUGCAAUGGGUUUAUAUCGAAUAUGAUCCGAACGCAAGUGGGUUCUUUGAAUUUGAUCUUGAAAUCAUCUCCAACGCAUCCCGCUUUCCGUCAACAGUUGAAGGUGCGCCAACUAUAUUUAAACGAGAUGUACUUUUACGAGAAGAUCGUACCUCGAUUGGGUAUCAAAAGUUGUCCGAAAAUCUAUAAAGUCGACAAGGAUAACGAAAUUCUGCUUAUGGAAGAUUUGUCUGCGAGUGGAUACGGCCUCAUGAAGCGAGACUCCAAAUACGUUUCAGCUGUUUUUAAAGAAUUCGCGAAGUUUCAUGCUCGAUCAUUGGUGGUUAAGCAGAAGGAUAAGGAUGUUUGGGAGGAGAUUUGCUCGAACGUGUACAAGGAUUUGGAAGGGUUUAAUGAAGAAAGUGAAUUAACGGGAUGCAUUUUGGAGCAGUGCGAAAAGGUUUUACCGUUCGUUCAGAAGUCGUGAGAA